GCAGAAAGAGCAGCCAGUGCGUCACGCGUGUGUCCGGCUCUCCCGGCAGCGGGCAGCAGGCUGCAGCCCGGAUGGAGGCAGCUUCAGUCCCGCACCGCUGACCGUCGCACCGCUCGGCCCCGGUGGAUAAAAAAAUGGAAUAUUUUCCAGCGAGAUAAAAAAAAAAAAAAAGAAGCAUUUCGCAGCCGAGUCGUGGCGCAAUAAAACUACGAUGGCUUCCGGCUCCGGAGACGGAGAGGGGAACGCGGAGGGCGGCUCGUGGAGACUCGUAGGCCCGGCCGCGGUGCUCUCCUCGAAGCGCUGCCGGCUCAUGCACUCCCCGCUCGGCCGCGGCUCUGACGUCUGCCUCUUCUACGUGAAGGGGGAGUUCUUCGCCAUGGACGCUCGCUGUGCACAUUCCGGCGGUCCUCUGUGCGACGGGGACAUCGAGGAGGCCGACGGAGUCCUGCAGGUCUUCUGUCCCUGGCACGACUACGACUUUGACCUCAGGACGGGGAAGUCCGGGACGUCCUUACAGCAACGGGUGUACGAAGUCAAGCUGGAGGACGGCGACGUGUACGUGAAACACGCCAGCCGUCUCUCCUUGGAGCCUUUUCCCGCGGAGAAGAAGAGCUGAACGAGAGCUGUUCAUCGUCCCGUGUUCGAGACUCGCUCCAAAAAAAUAAAUAAAACACACACACGAGAGCGAUUCCCAAAAAAAAACAUUCCCGAGCCUCGUCCGUCAUUUUCACCGAGCGCUCCUUCUGCUUUGAUUUCUGCGAGCUCGAGGAUGUCCGAAGAGGAUUUAAAGUCUUUGGAGACGCGACAUGAACACACGACAUGUUACUCUUUUAUAAUUUUAUUUCUGAUUAAAUUUUUUUUUUUUAAAAAAGCCUAAUUAUCGCCACUCUUUGUUUGCAUUUAUAUUGCAAAACCCCCAAAAAAGUUACUACGAUGAAACUUUCAUUUUGCGUUGAUUUUUGGAGACAUUAGGAAUAUCUCUAAAUAAAUAGCCAAUCUUCUCGCCCGAAGGCCUCGUUUACUUUACGGAGGUCGUGUCGAGACAUCCGUAUGACAUCGAGUCUGUUUUCAUAACCAGUUAAAAGUUUCUCGCAGUAUCUUUGAAAGCAAAAUGAUGACGGGAGUCAAACCCACAACUGCAACGAAGGGGGGAUGAUUGAAAACAACCUUUUUUUUCCACUUCCUGUGUGUGUAAUUUUGAGCUCUUAACAGACCUGCCAGUGCAUUUCAACAAGUAAUACACUCACGAGUAUAAAGCUUCCACUCAUGGAAGCCGUGGAAGAAUUGGUACAAUCAUGAAACAGCGGGGACGUAGCGACAGUUUCAUGUCGGACCGAACUAAACGACGUCGUUACCUCCAAUAACCGUCUUCCAUGUCUUCAACAGGCGUCACCUCAAACUCGCAUGCCAAGUUGUGGCCGAUGGAUACGUUCAGACACUUAUUCCAGCAACAGAAACCUCCCUUUCAUGAUUUAUAUUUCUGAACGGCUUUUUUAAAUUUUUUUUUAUAAAUGCCACAAUAUAGUCCCAGCCAGUAGAACACACAUGAAGGGGGCACCGCGAUGACGAUCGGUGGCGGUCCCGGAGUCGAGACGUCUCCAUCGCCCGGCACUGACCGCUUAGUCUGUUACUGACGCACUGGGGCUGAAAUGGGUUGUGAGGCGCCGGAGGGAGGUUCACGACCUGAAACGUGGUUUUUUUUUUUCUAGCUCUCUGUGUGUGUGUGUGUGUGUGUGUGUGUGUGUGUGUGUUUUCUUUGCGUCGAGGGCACUCGCUCACUGUGUUUUCUGGCAGAGGCCCCGGCGCCCAGUCACGAAGGUGUCAGUGACGGUGUGGCUCGACGGUUUCUUUUCCUCCCCGCUGUGAUUCCUGCUGUGUAACCUUAUUACGAUAAUAAUUCCACUGGCUGAACAUGUGUGUUGUGCCCAGCGGAGGUUUUUCCUCUUUUCCUGCGUGCAUCAUAACUCACCACCUGCAGGGCAGCGGGCGUCCUCAACGGGGGCGCAGUUAUUUUAUGUCGGUAGAAAGUGAAAGUGUUGGGGAAUGCCGCGUUCAUGUUUGUCUGUCGCUAUGUUAAAAAAAGAAAAAUGAUGUGAAUUAUGUAUCUGGCCUUUUAUGUUCCUGAUCACUUGUACUGUAAACUUUCGUUUUGUUUGCUGUAAACUAUAUUUAUUGUGACUCUGUAUUGUUUAAUUCACAAAUUAAAUGAUAUCUUGGCAA